CUCGUCAGAUACAGUCAUGGACCGCAUCAGGUUUAAGGUCAAUGGAACCGAAUGUUCAGUCGGAUGUGAGAUCAGUUCUGAUGUGACGCUACUGGACUUCCUCCGCAACUACCUCCAGCUGCGUGGCACCAAGUACAUGUGUCGUGAGGGUGGCUGCGGCGCCUGUAUGGUCACCGCAGCUAAAUCACCAGGAACUCCUCAUGUUGCUGUUAAUGCUUGCUUAGCAUCCGUCACCUCCUGUGAAGGCUGGGACAUCAAGACCAUAGAAGGUCUAGGGAACAGGAAGAUAGGCUACCAUCCCAUCCAGAGAACCCUCGCAGAACACCAUGGGUCACAGUGCGGGUACUGCACAACUGGAUGGGUCAUGGCUAUGCAUGGUUUCUUGGAAUCAAAUAAAGAUGCCACCAUGCUGGACGUAGAAAAAGCAUUUGGCAGCAAUGUCUGCCGCUGUACAGGCUACAGACCUAUCCUGGAAGCCUUUAAAAGAUUCGCCAAAGACGCUCCAAAAGAACAGAGGAUCCUGGACAUUGAGGACUUGCAGAUAUGUAAAAAGUCAGGAAAAGCUUGCAAUAAGUCUUGUGAUGAGGAUGAGUGGUGUCUGGUUCAUGAGGAUGAGGUUAAGGAUGGAGUAAAGAGGAUAUUGUUAGCUGAUCACAGGGUUUGGUACAAACCCAGAUGGGUUCGUGAAGUUCUCGAUAUACUUGUGCAUGAAGGAUUGCAGUCUUAUAUGUUAGUUGGUGGUAAUACUGCUAAAGGAGUCAUACCUAUAGAUGAGUAUCCCCGUGUCUUAAUAGACGUCAGCGGCCUACAAGAGCUUAAAGUUGUUACUUACGACCAAAACCUUAUCGUGGGAGCUGGUAAUACUCUCACAGAUUUCCUUGGCAUUUUGAAGACGGCAUCUACCCACGAAUACUUUGGAUAUUUGCAGCAUCUCUAUAACCAUAUUGAUUUGGUCGCACAUAUCCCUGUUAGAAACUUGGGUACAAUCGCAGGCAACCUGAUGAUCAAACACAGGGACAACUCGUUCCCGUCUGAUAUUUUCUUGGUAUUGUAUACCGUCGGAGCCCAGCUAACUAUUACUGACAUAACGAGGGCUACAAUUACAGUCCCGAUGGAUACCUUCCUAAAGAUAAAUAUGACAGGAAAGAUAAUCCUGAAUGUGAUGCUUCCACCGCUAAGCAAUGAAUACAAAUACUUCUCGUACAAGCUAAUGCCAAGAGCGCAAAGUGCACACGCCAUCGUCAACAUAGGCUGUCUUUACAAACUCACUGCAAAUAAUAUCGUUGAUAGAGCCAGAAUUGUAUAUGGAGGUCUUUCUCCCAAAUUCAUAAGGGCAGUAGCUACUGAAAGCUUCCUGUUGAGAAAGCCACUAUUUAACAAUACUACGUUACAAGCAGCCUUAGCUGUGUUAGAGGGAGAGAUGAUUGUGGAGCCGAAACCUCCAGAACCUUCCGUGGAGUACAGGAGAUUUUUGGCUAAGUCUUUGUUCUUUAAGGGCCUGUUAACGCUCUGUCCGCCAUCCAUUCGAAGCUCUCGGUUUGAGUCAGGAGCGAUCAAUUUGCAUGCCUCUAGACCAGUUUCAGACGCACGCCAGAUCUUUACCACAGAUCCUAAAAAAUGGCCCCUGAACCAGCCCAUUGCUAAAGUGGAGUCUUUGAUUCAAUGCGCAGGAGAAGCACAAUACGCAGAAGAUAUUCCGUCGUUUCCAAAUGAAGUUUUUGCGGCUUUUGUACUCACGACAGUAGCUCUGGGCACAAUCACUAAAGUAGAUCCAAGUGCUGCAAUGGCAUGUCCAGGCGUAGUAGCUUUCUACACAGCAAAAGAUAUACCCGGACUUAAUUCCUUUACGCCAGCAGACAGUUUGCUAUACCAGAGAAACGAAGAAGUGCUAUGCGAUGGAAACGUCAAAUAUUUCAAUCAACCUUUGGGCAUUAUUGUAGCAGAAACUCAACACAUAGCGGACAGAGCCGCCAAACUAGUUAGAGUUACUUAUAAAAAUGUGAAAAAACCAGUUAUAGAUAUCAAAGUAGCUAAAGAAGAUAGUGCAAGGAAUACACUUUUUACUUCUAUUGAUGCUACAAAUCCUGGUACAGAUGUAUUUAAAACUAUUACUGGAAGCAGCACUCUAUAUGGACAGUAUCCAUUUACUAUGGAAACACUCGUUUGUUUAGUCAAACCAACUGAAGAAGGAUUAGAAGUUCACUCCGCUACUCAGUGGCUUGACGGAACACAUGUCAUGAUCUCAAGAGCUUUGAAUAUGGAUGAAAAUAAAAUCGAUUGCUACGUGCGUCGUAUCGGAGGUGGAUAUGGCAUGAAAAUAUCUCGCAGCAUUCAAUCAGCGGUGGCUUGCAGUCUAGUGGCACAAAAGUUGAAUCGUCCCUGCAGAUUCAUUCAGCCGUUGACAACGAAUUUCAAAGCAGUUGGCAAAAGAUUGCCUUGCGUUAAUGAUUAUCAGAUCACAGUGAACAAUGCAGGAGUAAUCCAACGCUUAGACAUGUCCACGUACGAAGACAAUGGUUACACUAUCAACGAGACCCUGACAGCACUGGGCGUAGGCGUCUACAAUAACUGUUAUGAUGCUACCAAAAUUAACUUCAAAGCUUACGAUACUAUCACUGAUUUGGCCAAAAAUACAUGGUGUAGAUCGCCUGGUACAUUGGAAGCCAUAUCUUUUAUGGAAUACAUAAUGGAAAGAAUUUCCUACGAACUAUCUUUAGACCCAGUAUCUGUUCGUUUGGCUAAUCUCGAUACAACGCAAUUCGAUGAAUUGAGAGGAAUGGUUGAUAAUCUCAAAACAAGUUCUGAUUUCAAUACUAGAAGAGCAGCAGUGGAUUCUUUCAAUACGCAAAACAGGUGGAAGAAACGAGGAAUGAGAUGGGCUUUUGCAAGGUGGUCACCAGCUGGGGCACAACGCUUUGAUGUAAACUUAUCAGUCUUCCAAGGAGACGGAACUGUAGUCAUAACACAUGCUGGUGUGGAAAUGGGACAAGGCAUCAAUACUAAAGCGGUGCAGUUAGCUGCUUACUUCUUAAAAAUACCCAUAGAGAAAAUACAGAUAAAAGGAAACAACACCAUUAUAGCUCCCAAUAGUUUCAUUUCUGGUGGAAGUUUGACUACUACAUCUGUGCUCAUUGGAUUGAGGAGGUGCUGCGAUCAGUUGAAUGAGAGAUUGGCGCCUAUUAGAGCUACGUUAACCAAUCCAACGUGGGAGCAGGUCAUCACUGCUGCAUUCAAUGCUGAUGUCGAUCUCCAGGUCCAUGGUUUUGCAGGCGUCACGGACGCUCAGACUUACAACGUUUACGGAAUUUGUUUAGUUGAAGUUGAAAUAGACAUAUUAACUGGAGAAUCUGAAGUACUGAGGGCAGAUAUUCUGCAGGACGUCGGAUUUAGUAUCAGCCCUGAAGUUGAUAUUGGGCAGGUGGAAGGCUCCUUCGUGAUGGGUCUUGGCUACUGGACCUGUGAGAGGUUGUAUUACGCUGAAUCUGGUGAAAUUCUCACAGACAGAACCUGGGACUAUCACGUACCUCAAGCAAGAGACAUACCCCAAGACUUCAGAGUUUAUUUCAAAAAGAACUCUUACAGCAACGACCUUAUUCUGGGAUCUAAAGCAACUGGAGAACCGGCCAUCUGCUCGACAAUAGCUGUAUCAUUUGCCAUCAGAGAAGCCAUUGCUCACGCCAGGCAGGAAUCUGGUAUUCCAACCACACAAUGGUUUAAUAUUGAUGGGCCGUGCACAACUGAGAGUAUUUGUAUGGCAAUAAAAACUAAAACGGCAGACUUCAAAUUUAAUUAAUAGAAUGUUAUUUUUUUAUUUUCUAUCAAUCUGUUAUUUUUAUGCGAACUAGCGCAAAUGUUAUUACGUUUUUUGUUUUGUUUUAUUGUUUUUUUUUUCAUAAUAAUAUUCAGCCAUUUGAACAAGAUAACUUAAACAGUUGAACUUCAGUUUUUAUAACAAAGUAUAGAGUUCAAAAUCGUUCGUGUGUAAAUUAUUCUAUUUUUAAAUGUAAGUACAAAUUGUUGUUUUGAAAUUUGUAUUAUUGUGUUGCAGGAUUACGUUUUAAAGGUUCUUUGUACACAAAGCUGAUUUAAAG